CAAAUAAUAGAAGCCAUAGUCAGUUAGCACUGAACUUCCUUUUCAGUGACCGAUACAUUUUGCAGAGUAUUGGGAGUGGUCUCUUGCUUGUGCAUUGGAAACGAACCGUGAAUGGGCGACGAAGCAAUCGACGAUCUUCCCUGUCCGUUGGGAAAAGUGCGCUAUUGGGUCUAAACAUUGCUAAAAAUGGCAGAAGAUUACCAUGCCGAGCGUCCCUUGUUUGGUGGCGCAAUAGCCAGCACAUUCCCUCUUCGAUUUCAGGAUGUGAGCAACAUUCGACAAGUCCCUGAUCACCAGGAGGUUUUUGCGGACCCUGCACGUGAUGAGAGUCUGAUAUUUGAACUUUUAGAUCUGAAACUUGAAGUUGCUGACAAUGGAAGUGCCACCUGGUUUCUUCAAGACCUUGCCAGAGAGCAAGAUGCUGAGGGAGUCAUGAUAAUUGAGCAGUCUGCAGUGAUUGAGGCUGAUGGGUUGCGUUUCAGAAACAUCCCUGCAGUUGUUACUACUGCAGUUGGCCAGAUGGCCAUCUCUAAGGGACGUCAAGGAAGAGAAGCUCAAAAUACAGUUAGGGUGUAUUUGGCAAAUUUGCGCCUCAAGGAAGUUGGCACCGAUGUACUAAUCACUGCAUAUGAACCCAUCUUAAUAAGCCCUUUGAGUGAAAGCGCAAGCGCAGUCGGUGCUGGUCUGGCUGUACCGGCUGCACAAUCAGGAUGUAUGCCAAUGGCUGAGGUUUUUAAAUUUGCAGUCUCUAGUUUCAAGGUCAAUGACUGGAGCCUUUUUGGUGCUGCAGCUGCUUGAGUAGUUCUCAAUUGCUGUCUGGUUAUGGGGGUGGUGUAAAUUUGGGCGGUCUUAUUAUGUUUUUUAGACUCAUUUAUAGGUUAUUUGGGACAUUUUUCAGCUCUAAGUUCUUAUUUAUGAAACUAUUUGUAGGGAGUUAUUUUUUGUUUGGCUAUUUUCUUAUUAUCUUUUUCAUUUCAGAAAUCAUCAGUACCGCUUAUGAAAGAGUUGUGCCCUGUUAUGUUAUGCUGAGUAAUCAUCCCAACAAUAAAAAUGUAGAAAAAUAUGGCCUUGUUUGGGAAGUUGGUUAUUUGACUUUUUGCUUAUUUUAACUUGGUUAAAAUA